UCCCCAACGUCCGGCAGCCCCUCGGCCGCAGCGGGGGCGACGCGCGCGGGCAGCGCCGGGCCCGGCCGCCCCGCCCCCCGCCCUCCGUCGCGCGCCCAGCCCUCGCCCUCCGCCCCCGGAGUUAUCGGCGCUGGGCCUCCCGCGCCGGGCGGGCUCCGCCCGAGGCCCCGGGGCCCAUGGCCAAGCGGCGUGCGGCCGAGCCGCUGACGUUCCACGUGCCUUGGAAGCGGCUCCUGCUCUGCGACUUCCCCGAGGAGCCGCCGCCGCCGCCGCCGCCGCCGCUCUGGAUCCCGCCGCCGGGGCCCUCGCAUCCCGGGCAGCCUGUCGGCGCCCCGGAGCUGCCCCGAAAGCGCAAAAUCGACGCCGGGGCUAUGACUGAGCCUUCAGCUUCGCCCAGCAAGCGUCGCGACGGCGGGGACACCGGCGUUCCGGGCGGCGUGCAGCGCGACGGCCGAGGCCUGGAGACGGGCGAGCCGCCGCUGCAGCAGCCUCCCGCGCGGCCCCGCGGGCCGGGGGAGGAGCCCCGGGGCGCCCGGCCCCCGAGGGGCGGCGGCGACGACGGGGCGGGGCGCACGGAGCCCCGGCGGGGAGACUGGGGGGCAGCACCGCGCCAGCUCAAUGAAGAAUUUUGGCAGUAUAACACCUUCCAGUACUGGAGGAAUCCUUUACCACCUAUUGAUCUGGCUGACAUCGAAGAUGUGAUUGAAGACAACUCAACAGAAGCAGCGCUUCAGGGCAAGAAUGAAGUGGUUGAGAUUGACAUGGAGUCCUGACGGAAGGAGCUGAAGAAUAGGUUCUUCUUAAUUUGAGGAGACAUCUCUUAAGUGAAUUUACAUAUUCUUAAGAAGAAAAGUUAUUUUCCAUACUUGAUGUGAUACCAUUCCCAAACCUGAAAAAUGAGGAACAGUUAUUUUAAAGAUAAAUGCCUAUAGCCACUACUGAAACUCCCAAAAAGGAUUUGUCAAGGAUCUAGUGCAGUUACAGGGGAAGUAUUUUAUAUAUGUACUCUUGCAGAGAAAUUUAUGUUUAGACUCUAAAUUCGAAAACAUUGAUCUCAUAAAAAGGAAUUCUGACAGUUUUAGAAGUGGGAAAUGUUUAAAUAUUCUUCUUCUCUGUACCAAAAAGUCAAUUUGUGGUACAUGAAAUGAGUAUUGUUUUAUAAUAACUUAUUAAUAAAAUGCUUUCUAGUACAUUGUAUUGACUCUUAGUUGAACAAAUAGCCCACUUAAACAUCUAUGCAAACUUAAAAUGUGGGAGAUAUUUAAAGGUGGCAUAGUUUUAAGAGAACUUUCUAAAUGUAGAAUGUAAAGUAGUGAGAAUUUCAAUUUGGGUAGCAUGUUUGCAUAGUUUCCAGUGUUUGAUAUUUGUUUAACUCUACUUUGGGGAAUCAUAAAUGGAUAAAGAGCAAGGAGAGGCAAAUAGGUGCUUUCCUCCCCCUUUUCCCAGGAUAAGAGGAAAGAAAUUCAGUUGCAUUUCUUAAUUUCUUGGUUUUGAAUUGUUUUGAGGGUAUGGUUUUUAUUGCUUAUUACUUUAGACUUGUAGUUCUCAAUACUGACAAUACUUCAGAAAUCCUUGCCUGAGCUUCACUGGAGAGAUUCCUGUCUGAAUGGGGCUUGGGUAUAGCUAUUUUUUUAAGCACCAAUCCUCCUUUUCCCCAAUCCUAAUAUGCCGACAGCUUUGAGAACCACUAGACAGACUAAUGGUAGUUUUUCCUGUUUAAAGGAGAUAACUAAUUAGAGAUGAAGCAGCUCCUCUUAAUUAGCUUUGUUUUUAUUUCACUCUUUCAGUGGCUUUGUUACAAGUAAGUUAUUGUGUUACUACUAUUUCGUAGUUAACAAAAUAAAGUAAGCAGUUUGUGUUUGAGUA